AUGUUCGCCAACAAGGGACCUUUCCGCCUCGUCCUCAACUCCGCCGCUGCCAACGAUAUUCACUGGCAUGUCGAGCAUUACGAGGGCCGUGGUGUUAUGAAGCACUUCAAGAGUGGUUAUGAUCUCGCCAAGGAGAUGGGUAUCGCCCCCUCCACUCUCGAGCAGACCUUCAAGAGCUACAUUGAGGUUGGUGACAAGCAGACUGCCGAUCCUGACAAUGGUCCCUAUGAUGCCUACCCGUCUGGAAAGACUUGGGAUGAGUGGGGAAAGAAGUUCUUCAAGAACUACAACUACAAGAUGGAUGACGAGUUUGAUGUUGCCAUCGUCACUCCUCUCGUUCACUACUGCAUGGGUGGUUUGAAGAUCGAUACUACCGGUCAUGUUCUCGACAAGGAGGGUAAGCCCAUCCGCGGUCUCUACGCCGCCGGUGAACUCAUGGGAGGUGUUCACGGCAACAACCGUUUGGGUGGUAACUCUCUUCUUGACUGUGUCGUCUUUGGCCGUCUCACUGGCAAGGAUCUCUGUGAAAAUGUUCUUGGUCUCAGCCAAAAGUUGAGUUUGAAGGACUUGAAGGUUGCUCCUGCUACGCAGAAGGCCGCUCCUGUUGCACAGAAGGCUGCUCCUGCUGCCGCUCCCGCUGCUGUCGCUGCUCCCGUCUCUAACGGUUACACUUUGGAGGAAGUUGCCAAGCACAACACCGAGAGUGAUUGCUGGGUUGUCCUCAACGGCAAGGUUCUUGAUGUUACUGAGUUCCUUCCCGAGCAUCCUGGUGGAAAGCUUGCUAUCAUGACUUUCGCCGGCAAGGACGCUUCCAAGGAGUUCAACAUGAUCCAUCCUGCUGAUGUUGUUCAGAAGUACGUCCCUGAUUCCAUCCUUGGACCGGUUGUCGAGGCCUCUGCUGCGUCGGCCCCUGCCGCUGCCACUCCUGUCGCUGCCCCCGCUGCUGCUCCCGCUGCUGCUACCAAUGGUUACACUUUGGAAGAGGUUGCCAAGCACAACACUGAGAGUGAUUGCUGGGUUGUUCUCAACGGACAGGUUUUGGACGUGACUGAUUUCCUUCCCGAGCAUCCUGGUGGAAAGCUCGCUAUCAUGACUUUCGCCGGCAAGGACGCUUCAAAGGAGUUCAACAUGAUCCAUCCCGCUGAUGUUGUCGAGAAGUAUGUGCCCGAGUCUAUUCUCGGACCUGUUGUUGAAGCCUCUGCUGCUGCCGCCGCCGCCACUGCCGCUCCGGUCGCCCCUGCUGCUGCUACUCCCGCCAACGGCAUCACCAUGGAGGAGGUCGCCAAGCAUACCAGCGAGACUGACUGUUGGGUGGUUGUCAAUGGCCAGGUCCUGGAUGUCACCAACUUCCUUCCUGAGCAUCCCGGUGGAAAGCUCGCUAUCAUGACUUUUGCCGGUAAAGACGCCUCCAGGAGUUCAACAUGA